CCACUGCAACUCUGCAAGAAGCAGUGGGAAGAAAAGAAAAGGGCGAGCCUGCAAGAGAUAGCACCUAGCUCAGAACAAUGGCUCCCCGUGCAAGAACCAGAAAGAGGUCAACAAGAAUGGACGCCGCGGUUGAUGCGAUGGGAAAUCUAGGUUUCGAUGCCGAUGUCGUUACUCGAGUUGUGAGAGAGCUUCUGGAUAUAUACGGAGGAGAUGAAGCUUGGCCGUUCAUUGAGGAGUAUGGAUACAAGGAGCUCAUAGAUGCAGUUCUUCGCGAUUCCGAGACUUCAAAAGAUGAAAACUUGGAACAGGUAUGCUCAGGAGCUGGUGAUUUUGCACCAGAAGUAGAGAACAGUAUUGUUGUGAAAUCACCGUCAUCAAGCGUCGUCUGCGCUAAUGUUACCAGCACAGGUUAUCAAGUUAGCCUGUUUUCUUGCCUUUUUUUGCUACACCAGGAACUUUAAUAUGCAAUUUUCUUCAAAUUAAGGGACGAAUGCAUACAUUUGUUUUAUUCCUGGCCUAUAUGCUUAGAUUUGGAUUAUAUAUACUUAUUUUCAGUCUUCCAAACUGUAAAAUGAAUGUGAACUUUAUAUGGAAGCCAUUGCUGUUUGGUAAGGGUUAUUUGGCUGAAAUGACUAAACCCCUUGAUUUUUCAUGAAAGUAAUAGGUUUGAAAACCCGGGAAGAUGGACUCUAAAAUACACGAAAAUUGGCAACCGUUUGAAUUUGGCAUUAUAGGGGAAAAAAUAUGUUUUGUAGGAGAUAUGCUUCUGGCCAUUGAAGAUGUAAAUGGUUCAAAAGAAGCCGAGUACGAUAGCGACGAAAUGACCUUGAUUAGGAGAAAGAGAUCCAAAGAUACCUCCAAUUCUAGCAGGACUGAGAUUGCCAAAAACGCCCCCAACGUGUUGGCCUCCUCCCUCCCUUCUUCAAGGAUUCUCAAGAAACCUCAUUCUGUCACUGUGAAGCCAUCCUGUGAAAAGAAUCCGGGUAACACGUCUUCUUCGCGGGCCCCACCUGCUCUUCUUCCGCAGAAUUCUCCAGAACCGGUUACUCCUCGCCCGCCGGCAAGGCGCUGGCCUUGUUAUGGCUGGAUUGAGAGUGACGACGAGGAUGAACCCGAACUCGUGUAUUUUCCACCGGUGGGGCCCGCCGACCGUCCAUCGCGGUUUUCUUAUUUCAAGACUGGAACCAACAAUGAGGGGAGGCGGCCUUCAAGGUGGGAUCAAAAACCAGAAACAGCCUGAUCUGACCGGGUGCCUCCUUCACUACCCAAUUAAGUAUGAACACUAACUAUUGUAAGUAAAUGUAAGAGUGUUGCUAUAUCCACCCUGUUUUGGCUAUAUCACUUCAUUCAUUAAUGCUAAGUAGGAAACAGAGAAUUUUGAUGCAAGGGCACUUGAAGGGGCAAAAUUGUCUAUUUGACAUGAAAAGAGUUGAUAGAGCCAAAAUGGAGUGGAUAUAACAACACCAUAAAUCUACUGCUUUUCUAGAGUUAAUAG